AUCAUGGAUUUCCCAACAAUCAAGUGCUUGCUGGUGCUGGUCUGUUUUCAGCUGUACUUUGCUGAUGCUGGUUAUGGCUCCAACCUUGUAUCGUUGAAUGAUCCCCCCAUAAUUCCGCUAGUUGAAGCGUGCCGCCCACUGAAACCCAAACGCUACUUGCCACAAAACGAAAAGGCCACGUUCUUGGAAGCAUGGAGACGAUGCCACGAACUUGGUCUACGUCUUGCUACAAUUGCUAACAGUGCCGAAAGUGAUAUGAUCAAGGAAGCUCUCAAUGGUGCUACUUCUAAAGAACCUUAUUGGAUCGGCGGAACGGAUCUCGGCCUCGAAGGUGUAUUUGAGUGGAUUUCCACUGGCGAACCUAUUGGAUAUAAAACGGGCUACACGAAUUUCUUCGCUGGAGAACCAAAUAACGAUAAAGGAAAUGAAAACUGCCUGGAUAUCGGAAAUGAAGGUGUUGCAUGGUUCGAUAAACCGUGUGACGCGAAGGAAAAAUUCAUUUGUGAAACGUAUAAGUAA